CCGCUCCAACCUAUGGUUUCAAACUUUACUUCAGUUCAGUUUAGUUAGUCAGUAGUUGACAGGACACGGAGAGGAUAAGACGUGGAUAGGAUCAAUCAAAUCUCAACCAUGCUGAAACAUUGCUCUCAGAGCUGUGUUGAUGUUUCGAGACGAUCUCUCCGACACAAUUCCUUCACCUUGGAUUCCAGAUUGGGUGGGUCCGCGGAGAUGUUGGAUGAGAUGAGCAGUUUGGAUGAAGAACGUGAAUAUCGAAGUUAUUGUGCUUCUAAUACAAACAGUUUCUCUGGUCUUGUGACUCUUCCAAGAAAUAGAACCAAACCUGUCUCCGAGAGCUGUAUGAGUUUACCAAACUUCUCCAGUGUUUCAGCCAUCAAAGUUUAUGCUCAAUGUUUGAGACCUCAUCUUGCAUAUAAAACAGUGAUAAUAACUCGUCAUACGACCUCAAGGCAGGUUGUUCUCGGCCUCCUCAGCAGGUUCAGGAUGAAACACAGAGAUCCUCGACUCUUUUAUCUCACUAUGGAGGUUAAUAUAGGAGAAGAGAAGAGUAGAACUAUAUCCCUGGAGGAUAGCUCUUGUAUAGCCGACCUCAUAACCUGUAACCCGUGGGGUACCUCGAGGUUCAGAUUGAAGGCCAGACAAGGAGGUCUGGUCAAAAUAUACGAUGGAGAAGUGAGAGCGGACUCUGUAUACAAAUCUAUAAUCGUGUCUCAGGUUACAACUGUGAAGGAUACCAUCAAUAUCCUAGAGAACUGCUACGCAUCAAAACCUGGGACGGAGCUAAAGUUACACGAGUUCGACCCUCAGAACGGAGCAACAAGACUUCUCUCAGGGUCGGAGAAGCCCCUGGAAGUCCAAGAUGAAUGGGGUAAAGAUACCAGCAAAGUUUUUCAAUUAAAACGCACCGAGGAAGUUAAAUAUCCCUGUGAUCCUGUGAUACAACCAAUGUUUUCCCGAAGUUUAGUCAGAAAUAGUAUUCUCCGUCAGUCUAUUAGAAAGAAACAAUUUUUUAAAUCCAUGAUAUCUGAUAGAUUAGAUCUAGACCUGGACGGGAAAAAUCUCUUCUCCUUGAGCAGGUUCAGCUUGUCAGAUCAGAUAAUAAGUGAGAGCGUAGAGGACUCCGAGGAGGGUGGAAGUAGUGACCUGGAGAACCAAAGUGAAGGAGAUUUAAACUGUUCAACCUCCGGAGUAUCAUCUCUAUCUUGCUCCUCUCUAGAUAGUCUAGAGCAGCGGAAUAUAAACAGCUUCUUUACGUGAAGCUUUAAACUGGAUCAAAAUUGUCAUAAAUAAAGUAUAUAAACAUUUAUUCUAUCCUAGAUAAAAUAAAAGUUUUCAUUUGUAA